UAAGUGGACAAAAUGGCGCACGUCGUGGAAAGAGGUUGGAAAAGAUAUCAACAGAUUAUAGGCGACAAUCCUGAGACUGUCAGUCAGAUUGAAACAACGUCCCGCGUUUUAUCUUACAUUAUUGCAGGUCGGAUUGAUGAUUCACAAGUCUUGUCAGAGUUGGUUUACCUUUCGUCCAAUCUCCUGGUUUUCAUCAAUGACCAGAUCUUGAAGAACUCUGCCAAGCUUAUUCCAAAAGUGUCAUUGUCGCAAGAAAGAAUCCAGAAGUUUUUGACAGUUCUUCAAUAUGCUGAGGUUUUCCUGGAGAUGUCUGCUGCCAAAUACUGGGAUGAAUCUGGGCGCUGGGUCCUCAUUGUUGCUCUUCAGAUAACAAAGGCUGUUCUGAGACUGAUGAUGUUAUGGGUAAACAAAGCUGGUAUCCAGCCUUCUCCUCCUCUACAAGCGCUGGACCGUGACGCCCUCAUACAGACCCAGUUCAAAACCAGCACAGCAAAGGAACUGAAUGAAUUUGAGGAGAACCUAGAAACAGAGUCAGAGACCAUCAAUGGAUCAACAUAUAGCUUGAAGCGAUCUGGACGGCUGAUGAGAAAAUUGUCCGCGGCGCCACCUAUGAAUUUCCGAUCAUGGAAGGUUCCAAAAGAACACGGAGGCCUGCAGGAUGACAACCAUAACAACAGACUUGCAAUGUACACUCCCACCAUGUUGUCAUCUCAGCGGAUGUGGGCGGAGACUCUCUACAUCACACGCCCUCUCGCACACUUAUUGACAAUGUACUUGUUUGGAGUGAAGUCUUGGAAACCUUGGCUCAUUUCGGGGGGCAUAGAUAUCUCAAGUCUGUGUAUGAUGGGCGAUACAGAGAAUCUGAACCCACACGAGAAGUCGGAGGUGAAGAAACGCACAAUUAUGUUGAUGUUCUACCUUCUCAGAUCACCGUUCUACGAUCAGUACUCAAAAAUGAAAAUCCUCUUCACUCUGAACAUGCUGGCAGAAAAUGUUCCACUGGUUGGGAUCAUCUUGCGGCCACUCAUUCAGUACCUACCAACCUGGCAGAGGAUUUAUUUCUACAUGUGGUCAACAUGAAGAGUUACUUCCCUUGGUUCUUACAAAAUAAUGCAAAUAUCUUAUGCAGGAUCUUUUUCAGAUCCUGAACAGCUGAGGAUUUUAAGUUUGUUCUAUCACUUUCUCACUUUCUCAAUUGAUUAAAUACUGCAUUUAUCCCCAAAUAAGCCCUUGCCCACAAAUUGGUCUUAUGCUUUAUUCAGUUUUUUAAAAGCAUAAAGAUUUUCUAAAAUUUCAGCAAUCUCGAUAGGUUGAUGAUAGGAAUUUACAUCUCAAAUAAAUGUGUUGUUUUGUUGAAGUAUUACAUCAGAGAAAAAGUUGUUUUUGGUUUUUUUUUAUAAAAUUCAUCAAAGAAUUUUUACAAAGAUGAGAUAAACCUACAAUUUGAAAGGGAAGUGAUCAUGAAUUCUUAAUUUCCAAUAUAUCUGUUGAUUUUUAUAAAUGUAUUAAUUAUCAAAACUAAUCAGAUAUUUCAAGAUUGGUGAUAUUUACUUGAUUAUUAUAAAGAAAAACAAAUGAACUACAUGGUAUUUGAAAUUUACUUCUUAAAUUGUAUUGGAGAAAUAGGAGCUCAAUUGAUGUUGAUAAAAACUGGGUCUUCGCUUUAACAAUUUGCAGUCUCAGACUGAAUUCAUUUAUUAUGUGUUAUUCAUUUAGAAUUGUUAAAUAAAGGAAAGCUGUAUUUGUUUGCAUAUAUUGUUGAUUUAUAGACUUACACAGGCCUAGUCUAAUGUCCAAUCCUAUUCACAUGUAAAAGUGGAGGAAAUAGGUUGAAUGAUGAUAAUAAUGGGUUAUACCGAUAAUUCAGAAGUUAACCAAUGAUAAUUCAGAAGUUAACCAAUGAAAAUUCAGAAGUUAACCAAUGAUAAUUCACAAGUUAACCAAUGAUAAUUCACAAGUUAACCAAUGAUCAUUCAGAAGUUAACCAAUGAUCAUUCACAAGUUAACCAAUGAUAAUUCAGAAGUUAACCAAUGAUCAUUCACAAGUUAACCAAUGAUCAUUCACAAGUUAACCAAUGAUCAUUCACAAGUUAACCAAUGGUCAUUCACAGGUUAACCAAUGAUCAUUCACAGGUUAACCAAUGAUCAUUCACAAGUUAACCAAUGAUCAUUCACAAGUUAACCAAUGAUCAUUUACAAGUUAACCAAUUAUCAUUCACAGGUUAACCAAUGAUCAUUCACAAGUUAACCAAUGAUCAUUCACAGGUUAACCAAUGAUCAUUCACAAGUUAACCAAUGAUCAUUCACAGGUUAACCAAUGAUCAUUCACAAGUUAACCAAUGAUCAUUCACAAGUUAACCAAUAUUGGGGAUAUUCUCAUUGCUCAUGCCUGUUAUUGUUAGUCCCAAGGUUUUAAGGAAAUUCUAUCAUUUUGACUUUUCUAAGUAUCACAAUAUAAAAGUUUUAUACAUGUAUAGUAUCUAUGGGGACCAAUUAUAUAAACAGUAUAAAUUGUUGGUAUACUUUUAUACCUACUUAGUAUUUACAAACAAGUGGAUUUUUUUUUUACUUUUGAUCAGUUUUAUAAAAGUUUGAUUUCAUAAUGACAAAUGAUGUCAAAUAUUCUAUUCAUGGCUUUGUUCACUAUGUAUACUCUGUUGAUGUUUUUUAUUUAUUUAUUUGCUAAAUUGGGAGAUAAAAAUAUAUGGAUACAUUGAAUUAUCUUUCCAUUGUUUAUCUUUUAAACCUGUGUCUGUUAUUAUAAUCACAUUAUUUUCACUGGCCAUGUCCUGGUCUAUAUGCCGUAUAGCUAAUUUACCAUUUUUAGUGUUGAAUUGGGCUUUAUAGUUUAAAUGCAUUUGUAACUUUACUGACUGGCCCUCCCAUCACAUGAAUUUUGUUUUUACCAAGUAAAAAUGUAAUAAGGUUGGAUAAAACAUCUGACACAGUGGGGAAUCACAUGGCCUUAAGAUACAAACUCAAAAUGGCGGCCACCAGUGCAGAAAGCAAAAUACUCAUUACAUAGGCUUUUCAUUGUAGCGAGCAUAUGCUUCACUAUAAUUUAGACAAAUCCAUACCUCAUGUGUGCUGGAACAGUCCGAAGAUUUCAGUAACAUUCUGACCAAAGUUUCAAAUCGGGGCGAUUCUCCACAAUCUGUAAACUGACAAAUUCCAUUUAAAACUUUACAUUCGUCAGAAUGUUACGAAAGACUACGGACUGUUCUAGCACACAUGAGGUAUGGAUUUGUCUAGAUUAUAGUAUGACAUAUGCUCGUAACUAUGAAAAGCCUAUGUAAUGAGUAUUUUCAGUGUCUCAUUUUAUGCUUUCUUAACUGUUAGCUGCAGUUUUAAGUUUGUGAUAUUCACCAUCUUCAGAUCACGUGAUUCCCCACCGUGCCUGUACAGUUGGUUGUUUAUCAACAGAAAUAACAAAUAAUCUUACUACAUAUGGUUAUGUGUAAAUGUUAACUGUAAUGAAGUGAGGAAUGACUGCUUGUAUAAAUGAAUUAAAAUGGAUGCUGGACUUCGAUAUGGAAUUGUAAGGAUUGAAUGUUUCAGUAAUUAAGAGGAUGUUUCAGAAAUAUACUUAUAUAAUUGUGUAUUUUCAUGGUUUCUCACUUUCUAUGUCUAUACAGUACAAAUGAUGAUUCAUGCUUGUGAGGCCCAUUCCUCCUGAUGAUAUGAAAGAUUUUACAGAACAGAAAUAGAAAUAUAAAUAUUAUAAAAAUAAAAAAAAUUAUCAUUUUCAGGAAACAUACACAAACACA